UUGGGAGGAAGAGCGUUUCCUGUGUUUCAGCCAAUCAGAACGAUUUCCACUUUGUAGACUUUGAUGAUCUGUGACUGAAUCUUCAUUUGGGUGAGAAUACAUCAAGACAAGGGUGCUGUACCACAAUGUCUGAACGACUGGCUGCUUUGAUUCUUCUUAGUACAGUGUACUUGAUUGAAACUGCAGAGGUUCGUCGGCCGAGCUCUGUGACUGUGGUUGAAGUAGGUGGGAAUUAUACUUUGCGAUGUCCAGUCUCUCAGGAGGGCAAAUUCUUUCAGUUCUAUAAGCUGCCUCCUGGUUAUAUGAUCCAAGUAGUUGCUACUGGAUCUUAUAACAACCGAAAACUUGAUGCACAAUUUAACAACUCACGUUUCAACAUCACAGAGGAAAAGACUCAUUAUUUACUUACCAUUAGAAAUAUCAGCAAAGAGGACGAAGCAACAUACUUCUGUCAAACCGGAGCAGCAUACACAUCGAGUGUUGUUAAUGCCGUCUUCUUGGCUGUGAAUGAUCGUAAUCAGCAGAAAUGUGUGAUUGUGAAGCAACGUCCAGAGAGAGCAUCAGUCCAGCCGGGACACUCAGUGACUCUCCAGUGUUCACUUCUCCCCAAGAAAAAAGAAACCAGAGACCAGUGUCCAGGUGAACACAGUGUGUACUGGUUCAGAGCUGGAUCAGGACAAUCUCAUCCAGAAGUCAUUUACACUCACAGGAACAGCAGUGAUGAACAAGAGGAAAGAAGCUGUGUCUACAGUCUGUCCAAAACCAUAACAGACUCCUCUGAUACUGGGACUUACUACUGUGCUGUGGUCUCAUGUGGAGAGAUCCUGUUUGGUGAAGGAACUAAAGUGGAAACAAGAUCACAACUGGACCCAGUUACCAUUGUUCUUGGAGUACUGUUGGCCUGCUGUGUGGUUGUGAAUAUCUUCCUUAUUUUCUACGUAAAUCGAAGGAGAGUUUGUAAACAUUGCAAAGGUUUGGUUUUAUCAGCCGGAGCAAAGACUGCCUCCCAUAAUCCCAGACAUGACAGGACGACAGCGGAUCAACUAACUGACAUGGAUGGUGACGCAGAGGAAGUAAACUAUGCAGCACUGGAUUUCUCUACAAGAAGAGUGAGGAAAAAGAGAGGGUCACCACAAGAGUGUGUGUACUCUGCUGUGAACGCACACUACCACACACAGCACCACCCCUCUUUCUAGGCAGUUCAUGAAUAAUCCAACCUGUCCAAUUGUAAAUCAUGUUUAGCUUUCUUUGAAUAUACUUUGGUUUUACACAGUCCCUUCCUAUAGUUCAAGCUCAUCUUGAUGAAGUUCACCUGAGUUUAUUGCUAAUAAAGUGACUUUCAAGCUAUUCAUUUUA